AUGAAUAUUCAGCUUCCGGAGUUCCGAGAAGGUGCGUUUGAGGUGACGGAAGAGGUUUCAUGGUUAGGGUUCAAUACAAACCGUCGUAUCGGCGGCAAAGGAAGCAGCGUGGUUUCUUGGCGGCUUGUGAGUGAAGAGAUGCUGAAUUAA